CAGCUCUCCAAGUCAUAGCACUAGAAAACUUCGUUAGCGAAUUGGAAUGGCUGCAGCGCGCGCGAACAUGCCUUCGGAUCUUCCUUGACUCUUUCGCUGCCGCUCGCAGUGCCGCUAGUUUCGAUAUUGUCAAGUUGUAUCCAGAGUCAGAGGGAGCGCUGCAAGAUUUAAGGAGUGUCUACGCGCCACGCUACCGGGACGGCCUUGUCCAGGCCUUGCACAAGGCCUGUCUCAAACGGCUGCUGAAGCCUGGCGUGGACACAAAGCGAAUCAUUUUGGCUUACUGCAAAAUUGUCAAGGCAAUCAAAACGUACUUUUACCUCUAGGAAAGGAUGCGGCAUACUGUAGCGUUAAUCAUUUCUUUGAUUGAGAAUUUGAACGGUACAGCAUGCUAAGGCGUGGAACGGUCUUCAAUUCCCUUUCCUAUCACAUGCACAGAAUCGACAUUUCGGGUAGCAGUGUCCUGUUAGACGCUGUCUCGCGGCCUAUCCAGGAGUACCUGCGAAAGCGGCGUGACACGCUUCGCUGUGUCGUUUCUGCUUUGACCGAAGAAGGUGGGCCACUGCAAGAGGAGUUUCUGUGUACUGAAACGGUCUCCACAACAGACGUGAUGAACGAUCUUGAGUUUGAGUACAGCGAGGAUGAAGAUGACCCAGAGUCCUGGGCCCCGCAGCCACUCAACGACAUCUCAACAAACGCAACGACGAACGUCACUCAGCGGAAAAAGGACUUGGUAAUUUCUGGAAUCAAAGAAUUUGAAUUUAGUCUUAGCACACAUAUCUAUGCCAGUCUCCGGAGGUUCUGACUUUUCGAUAGUUUUUUUGCAACGUUAAUAUCAUCUUCUUCGGUAUUUUUCAUUCCCAACUCAAUAGGCUACAGCAACAGUUGUUGUCUAGUACAACGGUAAUUGCUUUGCGCUACGACUAUUUCGAUUUAUUUGCACCAUUGUUUUUUGCAUUCUUCUUCUUUUAAAUGUUGAUGGAAGUAAAGUAUGACAAGGAUGAUUAAAUCAUUGCGCGAGAGGAGCGAGAGUAGAGGAAGGAUUGAGCUACUCAUUGUUUUGAAGUGCUUAAGUCUCUAAGGAAUCAUCAUCAUCUUUGCUGAAUUCCUCUUUCUCAGUUUUUCCUCCUGGCGUCGAUCUAUGGUUCCAAGGAGCUUUUUGUCCGGCAGUAUAAGGAGAUUCUCGCUGAAAGGUUGCUGACACUGACUUCGUACGACACUAGCAGAGAGCGGCAAAACUUGGAAGUUUUGAAAACACGCUUCGGUGAGGGUCUACUGCAGACUGCUGACGUCAUGCUUUCGGACCUGCAAGAUUCGCGGCGCAUUUACAACCACGUCCAGGGUCGACAACAGUUGAAUACGCAAGCCUCGCAAGCAUUUGCGACGCAAGGCACGCAGAUCGGCGGCCAGUCGAGUCCUCCCGCGGGUUUGGAUCCUGCGUCGCUUAUUACAGGUAAUACAACAAGCGCCACCGGCACACGAGCACUAAGACCCUUUCACCAGCAGGGGCUUGCCACUGGCGGUAGUGUUAGUGGUACUGUCUUCACGCAGCAAGAGCCGCCUACGCAGAUGGAGAUGAUUGAGGAGGAUUCGCCAAUGCCAAUGAACUUUGGAUCUGGGUUUGCGCCGACGCCUGCUGUCUCCAGUGGGAGUUUGGUACCGGCGCAACUUGGAGGGGCCCAGCCCUCUCCUGCGUUGCCACCGUUGUUCACGCCUUUGGACGCACCGCGAACGCGGUCUCUGAUCACUCCAACGCUCUCUAGUCGGCCACAGUUGACGCUGCCUGGGGAAGCGACGGCAUCUGCGACCUUUUGCAGGGUGGCUUCGGAUGGUAAGCAGGACAAGGAGAACAACUUCACAACUACAAAUAAUAUUUGCGCACGAACAUUCUCCUGUGAGCCGAAUUUGACGAGCGAAAUCGAACUCGCGGACGUGCAGCCCAUCAUUGUGUCGCAUCAUUUUUGGCCCGUGGACCGGCUGGGAGAGGAGACGCACCAGUUCCGGCUUCCGGGAGUCAUGCAGCGCGCUCUGGAUCGAUUUGCAGAGCGAUAUUCAGAAGCCCGAAGCACGCGGAAAUUGAAUUGGCGGAGGUCCGUGGGUACACUGAAGCUUGAAGUCGAGCUAGGGGGUGAGACAUGCAGUUUCGAACAAGUAACACCCUUGCAAGCGACGGUUUUGCUUUCCUUCGCGUCGGCUGAUGAAGAGGAAGCGGAACAAGAAUCAGCCGAUUCCGUUGCGGGAGCGUCGUCGAAAGCUGCUGAAGGGUCGCGAAACGCAGGUAACUCAGACGCAAGAAUGGACUGUGGGGUCGCAGUCCUGCAAGAGGAAUCUUCAGUGACGUCGAGUGUUGGCCAGGGUGAAACUUCUGAGAAUGUUCACAGGAAAGCGGAUGUGACGAACGCUGCCUCCUCUGCAUGCAGUUCUGGAUCCUGUCCUCGGGGAUUUCCUGGAGACGCCAGAAGUUGCGAUGGAGGCAGUAAGAACAGAUCACAGGAUGCAUCUUCAAACAAUCCAAGCACAACAAGAGCAAGAUGGACGAUAUCCGAGCUAGUUGCGCAUCUAGACGACGAUCGAGGGGGAGCUUCAUAUGUGGAAAUGAUCAGACAGGCUGUGCGGUUUUGGGUUGCCAAAGGUGUGAUUGCCGAAUCACCCAGCCCGGGCGCGGGUUUGCCAGCUAUCUUCCAUUUAAGUGACAGUUUCCGACCAGGACCUCCGCAAGCGUCCACGCUAUUUGGCAAUCCAGAGAGCCCGCUGGAAGGUUCUAGUAGUGGAGUCGAGCACAAAAGUGGAAACCGGAGCGGAGGAAAUCAUGCGUUUGCGCCUCCGACACGGGGAGCGGGGCCACCAAGCGGUGGCCGAUUCCAAGGACCAAGACCGCCACAUUCAUCCAGUAGUAGGGCUGGUGUCAGCGGCCUUUCCUCUUCUAGAGGAGGCGUGCAUCGACAGCAUCCUGCCCAUGCUCGACACACUGCGUUGGCUGCUCGCCACCGCCGUGGCGCAGCGCUGUUUCCUCCGAGAGCAGCUGGAACUCAGGAACCCUCAGCAGACCAGGCAGAAGCGGAAGCGGUCGAACAGAUGAUGCAGAAUUUCGUCAGGACGAUGCUCAAAAACUACACGACACUUUCCUUGAGCAGGAUACACAGCUUCUUGAAACUGUUUUUGAAUCGGGAACGACCACGCUACGUCUUCACAGAGUCGGAGUUGGCAGAGUAUCUGACUGGGCUAGCCUUCCUCGAUUUCGAUGGCUCAGAAUACAAAUUGGCGCACUGA